GGAGAUCGUGACCGCAGACGUUCUCGUUCGCCCGCACAAGUCGACCGAUACCAGCCCGACCGCGUACGCGAUGACUACGUCUACCCACCGCGCGGCCGCGAUGAGCCUCGUCAACGUCGCCGAUCCUCUCCGCAAGCAAUCGAUCGUUAUGUCCCUGGUCCUGAGCCGCCCGCUCUUCUCGUCAAUCCUCUUCCCGAUCCGAUGAAGCUCGAAUUUCAAGUCGGAUUCACCUGGUUCGCGGAGUGGUGGCGCACGGAGCAGCGCUUGAAGGAAGAGAAGGAGCGCGCAAAGACGGGCCGAGCGCCGCCCAGAGUGAGAGGCGAACGUGAGACAAGAGAAGAGCGCGAGUCUGAGAGGCCGAAGAUCCAGGCGGCAUACGAUCAAUACAAGGAGAAUCUGCAAAAGUCACAGGCACAGGCGUUCGUGCGCAUGCACAAGGCAGAAGAUUGGUUCCGCGAGCGCUACGUUCCUGAAGUACGAGAUCCUUUCCGGGCCAAGCUCGUGGACUACCGAAAAGGUCUGUUCGCUCAGUGGGAGCAAGACCUAUCGUCUGGCGUUUUUGAUGAUUUCACUCUGGAGGGCAUCUACAAGUCGGAGUCCAAUGGUCUGGGCGGCAUUGUCGAGCGCGAAGAGGGAGAGACUUCUGCGGCCGCCGAAGUUCUGGGAGUUGGCGACCUUCUCCCGUCCAAAGGUGGCGACCUCCGCGAUCCGGCGUCAUCUCAGCCAACUCUGCUCAUCAAGACAAUCGCGCCCACCGUUACCCGCGAGAAGUUUGAAGCAUUCGCAAAGGAGCAUCUCGGCGAAGCUGAUGGCGGCUUCAAGCACUUGUCCCUCUCAGACCCAAAUCCGCUCAAGAAAUGUCAUCGAAUGGGCUGGAUCAUGUUGAAUCCUGGAUCGCCCGAGCCGCAGCAGGCCAUUGCUAAGGAGGAGAAGGCCGCGGCUCCAGGAGACGGCGAAGAGGGAGAAGAAGGCGAGGCUAUGAAGACGGAUCAGCCUGCCGCGCCCCUGAGCUCUAGCGAGCAAGCUCUUCAAAGAAUCAACGGCAAGACCAUCGAGGAUCCAGAGCGAGGCAAUUUCACUGUCCACUGUGGUGUUCACCGCCCUCCGGAGGGACCUCGAAAGAAGGCUUUGUGGGAUCUGUUCUCGGCGUCUGAGCGAAUUGCUCGCGACUUGGAAUUGGCCACUCGCCUGGUCCGUAAGCUGGACAAUGAGCUUGGUGACGAGUACUUUGGAGUGGCCAAGAUUGAGGAGCGUGUCAAUAAUUUGGUCGAGAGAGGUCUGUUGCAGCCUGUGGUGCCUUCCAAGCCCGAGAAGGAUCCCGAUAUCAUCGACUUCGAUGUCGAAGAGGGUGAAGAGGAGGAGGAAGGCAUGGUCGAUGAUGAAGAGGUCGACGACGAGGAGCUCCUCGGAAAGAAGAAGAAGCUUGAUUUGUUGGUGGAGUAUCUCCGCCGAGUGUACAACUUCUGCUUCUUCUGUGUCUUCGAGUCAGAUUCGGUGCAUGAGCUGCAACGCAAGUGCCCUGGUGGCCAUCUGCGACGUCCUCGUGCGAGUCUGACGUCCGCUGCGAAGGAAACAGCACGAGCGAGUGCAUCAGGCGAGGCGUUUCCACUCAGGAACAAGUCGAGUGACGAAAAGACUGAGAACGAGGGCAGACUCGAGAACGACGAUGAGACAAAGAUGGAGAGCCCUAUUGAGGAGAAGAAGACUCUGAUGAAGCCUAACAUCAAGACCACUCAGCAACUCCAGCGUGCCUACAACUGGGUUAGGACUUUCGAGGAGAAGAUUCUGCAAAUCCUGGAGCCGGACAACGUCAACAUCCGCAAGCUUGGAGGCACACCGUUGGACGAGGGUGUUGAGAAGGAGCUCAGCAAGUUCGUCACUCAAGAAGACGUUAACAAAUUCCGGUGCAAGAUCCCAGAAUGCACCAAGCUCUUCAAAGGUACCGACUUCUGGCGCAAGCACGUCGAGAAGCGUCACAACGAUUGGUACGAUCGCAUCCGCUCCGAAGUCGAGCUGGUCAACACCUACGUCCUCGACCCGGCGCACAUUGCUCCCAGUAGGAGCGACGCCAACUCCAACGGACACUUCCCACUCAACAAUCACGCCCCCUCCGGCACUCCGCGCGGCUUCCAGCUCAAUCAGCAAUUCCCCAUGGGCUUCCCGAUGGCCCCUGGUAUGCCUCCAGCAGGUAUGCCUGGAAUGUUCAACCCGGCCCAAGCUAUGGGCAUUCCAGGUAUGUGGCCCGCUGCCGCAGCCAUGGGCGGCGUGGGUCCCAUGCGCAAUAACAACCGCGGCUAUGGUAUGAACGGUGCUAGCAACGGAGGUGGCUACCGCGCACAAGGCCCGUACCAACGCAACGGUGGACGCGGCCGUAUGCCUUCGAUGAGCGGCGGUCGACCCGCGAUGGGGAUGCCGGAAGGUGGACUGGGAGCAAUGGGUCCAAACGAGGCGGUCGCGGGUAGGAGCCUGAGGAGCUAUGAGGAUCUGGACGCUGAUAAGGGCGAGACGACCGAGUUGAAUUAUUAG